CCGCGCCGCACCAUGGCACCCACCCUGGCCACUGCCCAUCGGCGCCGCUGGUGGAUGGCCUGCACCGCGGUGUUGGAAAACCUCCUCUUCUCGGCAGUCCUCCUGGGCUGGGGCUCUCUGCUCAUCAUGCUGAAGUCGGAGGGCUUCUACUCCUACCUAUGUACUGAACCAGAAAAUGUCACCAAUGGCACAGUGGGGAGCACCGCAGCACCAGAACACGAGGAGGUGAGCUGGAUGAAUGGCUGGCUCAGCUGCAAGGCUCAGGACGAGAUUCUAAAUUUGGCCUUCACCGUGGGCUCCUUCCUGCUCAGUGCCAUCACCCUGCCCCUGGGCAUCAUCAUGGACAAGUAUGGUCCAAGGAAGCUCAGGCUGCUGGGCAGUGCCUGCUUUGCUGUCUCCUGCUUACUGAUUGCAUAUGGAGCCAGUAACCCAAACUCUCUCUCAGUCCUCAUCUUUAUCGCCCUGGCUUUGAAUGGCUUUGGUGGGAUGUGCAUGACCUUCACCUCAUUAACGCUGCCCAACAUGUUCGGCGACCUUCGGUCCACAUUUAUUGCCUUGAUGAUUGGAUCCUACGCCUCCUCAGCAGUUACCUUCCCAGGAAUCAAGCUCAUCUACGACUCGGGUGCCUCUUUCAUUGUCAUCCUUGUGGUCUGGGCCGGCUGUUCUGGGCUGGUUUUCCUCAACUGCUUCUUUAACUGGCCACUGGAGCCCUUCCCGGGGCCGGAGGACAUGGACUACUCGGUGAAGAUCAAGUUCAGCUGGCUGGGCUUUGACCACAAGAUCACAGGGAAACAGUUCUAUAAGCAGGUGACCACCGUGGGACGCCGCCUGAGCGUGGGCAGCUCCAUGCGGAGCGCCAAGGAGCAGGCGGCACUGCAGGAGGGCCACAAGCUGUGCCUGUCCACUGUCGACCUGGAGGUGAAGUGCCAGCCAGAUGCUGCAGCGGCCCCCUCGUUCAUGCACAGCGUGUUCAGCCCCAUCCUGCUGCUCAGUCUGGUUACCAUGUGCGUCACGCAGCUGCGCCUCAUCUUCUACAUGGGGGCCAUGAACAGCAUCCUUGAGUUUCUGGUCAGUGGCGACCAGAAGACAGUGAUGGCCACGGUUGCCCUCUAUACCUCCAUCUUCGGCGCACUCCAGCUGCUCUGCCUGCUGACUGCACCUGUUAUCGGCUACAUCAUGGACUGGAGGCUGAAGGAGUGCGAAGAUACCUCUGAGGAGCCCGAGGAGAAGGACACUGCCCAAGGUGAGAAGAAGAAGAAGCGAGACCGUCAGAUCCAGAAGGUCACCAAUGCCAUGCGGGCCUUCGCCUUUACAAACCUGCUGCUUGUGGGCUUUGGGGUGACUUGCCUCAUUCCCAAUCUCCCUCUACAGAUCUUCUCCUUCAUCCUGCACACGAUCGUGCGAGGAUUUAUCCACUCUGCUGUUGGGGGUCUGUACGCUGCUGUGUACCCCUCCACGCAGUUCGGCAGCCUCACGGGACUGCAGUCUCUGAUCAGUGCGCUCUUUGCUCUCCUGCAGCAGCCACUAUUUUUGGCCAUGAUGGGUCCCCUCCAAGGAGACCCUCUGUGGGUGAAUGUGGGGCUGCUCAUCAUGAGCAUGCUGGGCUUCUGCCUGCCCCUCUACCUGAUCUGCUACCGGCGCCAGCUGGAAAGGCAGCUGCAGCAGAAGAGGGAAGAGGACAAGCUUUUCCUCAAGAUCAAUGGCUCAUCCAACCGGGAGGCUUUCGUGUAGCACUGACCACCUCAGGACUGUGGCCUCCUGCCCAUGCUUCAGUGACUGAUCAGUGUCCUGCUCCUCACCCCAGAGGACCCCAUGCACCCCCAGGAUCCUCUCCUUCACCAUGUUGGAGUCCAUACUCCCUCUCAGGGCUUUGGUCCUGCCUCGGAGCUCUGCGGUGAAAGGAUGGGAGAGGGCCCAGGAAGGGCAAUUUUCCUACUGUUGGAAGCAGGGCCGCCUUGGCUUUGCUCUGCCACCCCAAGGGACCCCAGGGCCUUGGGUCUCCAUGGUGCCUGCAGGAGGAACCCAAAGCACUCCAAGCAGGCAGGCUCUCUCCCUUAAGGGUCUGGAUUCUGCCUUUUGCCAAAGCAGAGGGGCCUGCCAUCCACUGCCCACCACCUGCCUCUCGGCUGCAUGCCCACCGACCACACCUGCCUGAGGACAAAGGCUUGCACUGUCUGCAACCCCCUCGCCUGGCCCCUCAGCCUCCUCCCAUGGUCAGUCUGUGGCUGCCUGAGGAAGGAAGGACCCGCUUCCUGUUGUUGGUGCUAACCCCUUUGUAAUCCCAGCCCCCUGUGGCCUGUCCAUGGCUUGUCCUCUCAUUUGAGGCCUGUGGAGAAGCCCCCUGGCUCACAGCCUAGUGUGGGGAUGGAGGGCAGGAUGGCCAUACUAAGCCUCAGGAGCCCUGGACAAGGCUGCUUGGUUGCUCCUCACCUCCUCCCUCAGGGCUGGGGGCAGGUGGGGAGAAUGUUUCCACUGCCACCCUCGGUCCAGUCUGUGACCUGAAGGGAAUUAAAGGGCACCACCAGGGUACCUCCCUGACACAUACACACAGAGUUGUUCCUGUGGGGUGGAAAUAAGGCUGUGCUGACAGACAUGGAGGCCCAGACCUGUACAGGGAAGGAGACUGAUCCAUGAGGAACCGAGGGGGGUUGUGUUUGUGUGGAAUGUGUGUACAUGUGGUGUGUGAGAUGAGGAUGAGCCCUAGGGUCUGUCCUUAUGCCCACCAACCAGACCAGAAGCCCACUGGGCCUGCGGCAGCCCCAGGGUUCAGGAGUCAGUCUGGCUCAGGACAUGGAGCUUGUUCAGAGCCACAGCGCCCCCUGCUGGCAGAUUCUGCCAGGGCCCUGGAGCUGUUUACAAGGGAGAAGCCAAGCCUGCCUGGCUGGUUACCCCACCCAACUUGACUGCCCCCAGAAAUGUCUCUGAGACCUGCUGGGUGCUGAGAGGAGUGGGCUGAUUUUUAGGUCUUUAGUUUUUCUUCUCCUAAGUUUUAUCAUACUUCUUUUUAUAAAGCAAUAAAUCCAUUUUCCUCCCAGUAAGGGCCGCCCCGCCUACCAUAUCAGUUGAUGGCAGUAUGUGUUUGUUUUGAGCCUGAGAAGAAAAGGCAGGACAAGAUGUUCUGCCACUGACCAGCCCCAGCUGUACUCGGCUGCUCAUCAUUUCUCGGGUGACCUGACUGGGGAGGGGCAGUGAGCCAGGAAAAGACCUUACGUCUGCCUCCACCCCAGACAAAUUGGGCUGUGCGGAAGUGUGGGCCACCCCCUCUGCUGCCUGUCCCAGCCAGACAAGCUAAUCCAAACCCCGUCUCAGCACCUACACAGAUUUCCUGUCACUGCUCCACAACCCCAAGGAUUCCUCCUGAGUGUAGGAUAUAGGGUGCCCCAAGAGAACUGCAGGCUCAGAGAACAGUGUCAGGAUAUGGUGGACAAACAGAAGAGGAAGGGACAGACUCAGGCCUAAUUUGAGCUCCAAAGUGACAGCUGGCCACUGAAUCUCUUAGGCUCAAGAUUGCUUAAAUAUUAAAAAUCACAACCCAUCUGGGCCACCUGUAAUCUCUGAGGCAAGAAAGAUGACAUAUUUGAGGUCAGCCUUGGCAACUUAGCAAGACCUUCAGCAAUUUAGUGAGAUUCUGUCUUAAAAAGGGUUGGGGAUGUAGCUCAGUGGUAAAGUACCUUGUGUUCAAUAAUCAGUACCAAAAAAAAAAAAAAUAGAAAUCAGAACCCAACAAAUAAUGGGCUUGGGGGUUUAGCUCAGUGUAGAGCACAUAUUUAGCAUGUGUAAGGCCUUAGGUUCCAAACCCAUCAUCUCCCUGUCCUCCCCCCAACUAAAAAAAAAACAAACACAUUUUCCAAACCACCACCCAGGUGCUGGUCUAUGAUGUGUUAAUGGUUAUUCUAAUUUAAGAGAUUUAUAGUCUAAUUUUGGAAAUGCUGAGUUAAAGUUAAGUCUGCUCCUUUGUAUCAAGCAUUCUCAUGGUACUCUUUGAGGGUCUCUAAGAAGGGGUAUGUGUACUGUUAUGGCCUGGCUCUAAUCACCAGAGCCAUCCCCAACAUGUGGCCCCUGGCUAUCUGCAGCAAAGGCUCCUGGCUGUUGGUUAAAGUUGUAGAUUCCAGUAGUGGCCUCUGGUGAUUCUGGUGCCUCCCAAAGUCUGAGAUACACUGGUGAAGAGGAGGGCAGUUUGGGGAAAUGCUGACUAGCAAGGUCCCUUCCAGCUGGAAAACCUCUAUGAUGUUGGGCAGAUGGCCUGUGCUGUGCCCAGCAGCACCUUUAGGGAGAGGCACUUUGAGGGAAGAUGCCAGCAUUGAGAGACUAGAAGUGAAGGUUGAAAAUAGCCUGCAGCCAGCAGUGGGUGAGGAUUAGAGGCGUGAAAAUGGAAGCCAGCUACAGAGGUGGUGAUGAGCUAGAUGGGUUGGUACCCCCAGUCAGGAUGCGGGUCUGUCGUGCUGCCUUUAUACAGUUACAUAUCUUCCUGUUAUUAUCAUUGAAUCCUGUAGAGUUAAACAGAUACUAUCAUCCCCAUUUUACAGUUGGAAAACUGAGACCCAGAGAGGUGGAAUAACUUGCCUAGGAUUAAGGGCAGGGCUUACAUGUGGAUCUUAAGACAUUGGAGGAACCAAGCCCUCAAGACCAGAACAUUCCAUUAUGAGCAGCCGUCUUAGGGCUUCUGGAGCAGGGAGACGAGCAGCCCCAGGAAGGGGAGAAAGCUUAGGUAGAAUUUUUAUUUCUUGGAGCCAAGAGCUUCAUUAGGAAGGAGGGGGUCCUUGGGCUCUGGAGGCUGAUGGGUACUUGAGGGUGCAAUUCCCUAGCUGCCCCAAUCUCAAGAGGAGUGCCCUGAGAUGGAGACUGAUCACAGGCAGGGGGCACCAAGUGGCCACCAGCCUCUCACCUUCCCCUUUGUCCUCCAAGUGGGGAAGAAACAGGAAGUGAUGUCCAGUCUUGUGGUUUCAGAGUGAGGAAGGGGGCCGAGCUAGGUUUAGGGACACUGCCAGGAGCCCCUCCUGUCUCUAGCUCUGGGAUCAAGGCAUUCUUAGGGGUCGGCUUCCUCUGAACUCCCUAGGCCUCUGCCGGCAGCUCCCACUGCCGGGGCCUGCUCAUAGAGAAAAGUUCCAGCCCUCAUAAAGGCCAAAGAGAAGGUUCAGGCCCUCGGGGUCCUUCCUUGUUUUGCUCCACCUCUCUCCCUCCUGUGCCCAGCAUUGUCCCAGUCAAAAGAACUCCUGUGCAGACCUUCCUUAACCUGGCGCUGCCUGGCCCAGACAGCUGAGGAGGACAUCACCCUGCUAUAAGUUGCAAGGACACUGAAAGUGAGGAGGACAUCUAGUAUUGGGGUCAUAUGGGCAGAACUGUCCCAGACAGUAAUGCACACGUUUAGCUCUGUGGGGUUUUUCGAUGCACUUGAUGUCAACCUGUGUGAAUUGGAAUAGAUAUACAAUUGGGGUGGGGGUGAUGAGGGACUGGGGACAAGCUGUGAGUAACCCGUGAUGAGGGGCUCCUGCAGAGAGCUCUGCAAAAUCUUAUCAGAAUCGGGCUUCAGGGGUCAUUUCAGUAGCAGCUCCCCUUCCCUCCCCCUGUGGGGUGAUAGGAGGGUUCUCAUGGGCUCUUGGGCCAAGAAGGUGUCAAUUACCAGAGACCCAACUUGAGAACAAUGGCCUAUUUUCCUUAAAUAUAGACCAUGGGCUUAUGAGGGUUAAGAACUUAGGAUCCCCCCAAGUCAGGGUGUUAUUUAUCCUCAGGCUGCAACCCUGUCCUGGGGUUGGUGGGAAGGUCAGUGUGAGCAGGCAGACUCCAUAGGCGACUCCUCCAUGCCUGACUCACCCUGAGCUUCCCAAGUGUCAGGGACAUGCACCAUCCUCCGUGAGGGCAUCCUGCCAUAGCUCCAGCCUCUUCCUGCCAGCAUGGAGCCACCGCCUGUGCCCCUUGGUCACUAAUGAAGUUAGUCAUUCUCCCCCACCCAAGCAGGGCCUCGGCACUGACUGCUCCCUGACCUUGACCCUUCUCAGAGGCGGCCUCCAUCUCUGUCAAGGAGACAGCUUGGGAAGAACAACCAGGUGUACAUGCAGGUAAAGCACCUGCAUGGUGGUGUGCCUGGCACUGAGUAGGCUGCCACACUGGCAUUAUUUUUAUGGCCCUGACAAAGGGCAGACAGCACAGCGAGGUCCCUGCCCCCACUUCCAUAUGACAGGACCUUGACUUAAGGCGGCUCUGACCAUGACAUGACCAUGGCCACGUAAAGCAAGUGAGGUCCAUUCCUGCUGACCCCACUCCUCCCAUAAUCCCUCUCUCGGCAAAGCCUUAAGCUAUUUUCACCUCGAUCAUGUUUCCUUUAUGUCUUUCACAUUUUGGUAAGAGACUUGGCCAAAAAGCAUCCCGAGGUCAUCUCUAAGUACCGGGCAGGUUUAUACUGAGCAGAGUGACUCAGAUCCCAGCCAUGGGGGGGAGAACCUCCUUGGCUACCGCUUGGCUCUGACUCUGUGUCCGUGUGUGUGGUGUGUGUGUGUGUGUGUGUGUGUGUGUGUUGUAUGUUUGUGUGCGCGCACGAGUCUGAGAUGUGUUCUGGGUAUGUGGGAUUGUGUGCGUGUUUAGAGGAGUGUGUAGGAGCUUGACUGUGUGCCUUGGCACCUGGGAGGGGAGGCUCUUGCCUCACUAGAUCCCUUUCUGUUGCUAGAAGGAACAUCUAGGCAGGCCAGGUCGAGCGUCCAGGGCCCAGCCCAGUCCAUCAGCGUGGUGCCUGAAGGGUUUAUCUAUUCCCCAUGUUAACCAGGGUCAAUGGCAUCACGGGCAACUCAACUGCUGACCCUGACUCCUCCCUGUCCCUUUGCUGUUUCUAGCACUUGGCUUACUCUAGGGCACACAGUAAGCACUCAAUAAAUGUAUGUUGAGAAUGACUAA